AUGAAUUAAUUAAUGCAUAUUUUAAAUCAGCCUCCUCUGCCCUCACCCAGGAAGUCAGAGGCACCAGUGUGAGUCUCCAUCCACUGUCCAGUACAUUCAUGGUUUCCUCAUUCUCACUAGGCAAUGUUUGACCAGAAAGAACAGGGAACGAGAAGGAGCUGCUGGAUGGUGAUGAGCCUGGGAAAUGGAGGCUGGGUGAGCAGAGACAGAAGAGAAACACCCACCUGCUGUGACCUCACAAACACCCAGGCUGAGUUUUGAUAAGACAAGUUGAAUCACACUGGGGCGACAGCCUCAUCCUUCCAGGUACAAACAAGAACAGGCCAUGGUUAACCAAAGCUCCCCCAUGGGCUUCCUCCUUCUGGGCUUCUCUGAACACCCAGCACUGGAAAGGACUCUCUUUGUGGUUGUCUUCACUUCCUACCUCCUAACCCUGGUGGGCAACACACUCAUCAUCCUGCUGUCUGUGCUGGACCCCAGGCUCCACUCUCCAAUACACUUUUUCCUCUCCAACCUCUCCUUCUUGGACCUCUGCUUCACCACGACUUGUGUCCCCCAGAUGCUGGUUAACCUCUGGGGCCCAAAGAAGACCAUCAGCUUCCUGGGCUGCUCUGUCCAGCUCUUCAUCUUCCUGUCCCUGGGGACCACUGAGUGCAUCCUCUUGACAGUGAUGGCUUUUGAUCGCUACGUGGCUGUCUGCCAGCCUCUCCAUUAUGCCACCAUCAUCCACCCCCGCCUGUGCUGGCAGCUGGCAUCUGUGGCCUGGGUCAUUGGGCUGGUGGAGUCAGUGGUCCAGACACCAUCCACCCUGCGCCUGCCCUUCUGCCCCCAUUGGCAAGUGGAUGAUUUUGUCUGUGAGGUCCCAGCUCUAAUUCGACUCUCCUGCGGGGACACCUCCUACAAUGAGAUCCAGAUGGCUGUUGCCAGUGUCUUCAUCUUGGUUGUGCCUCUCAGCCUCAUCCUUGUCUCUUAUGGAGCCAUUACCUGGGCAGUGCUGAGGAUUAACUCUGCAAAAGGGCAGAGGAAAGCUUUUGGGACCUGCUCCUCCCAUCUCGCUGUGGUCACCCUCUUCUACAGCUCAGUCAUUGCUGUUUACCUCCAGCCCAAAAAUCCCUACGCCCAAGAGAGGGGCAAGUUCUUUGGUCUCUUCUAUGCAGUGGGCACUCCUUCACUGAACCCUCUCAUAUACACCCUGAGGAACAAGGAGGUAACCAGGGCAUUCAGGAGAUUGCUGGGGAAGGAAAUGGUGCUCACACAAAGCUGAGGGAGAGCUGCUUAAUGUGCUUUAAAAGAGAGGAGAUUCCAUGUGCUUUUAUCAGAAAGUUUGAGUUCACUGCCCCUCU